AUGGCCAGUGGAGGUGGAGGUAAGGAGGCUGAGGCAGAAAGUAUCUACGUCGCCUGUGAAAAUCUUGCAGCCAGAUUGACAGUAGAGCCUGGCAUUUGGUGGCUGGAGACGUGGACUGUCAGGAGCACCAGUAGGCUGGUCAGGAUGGCCGAGAGUGGAAAGCAGUCACUGGGGCCAGGAAUCCAAGGACACUGUGCAGAGCCGUGGCCACAGUGUGGAAGGUGGAGUGGCCACACGCAGGGCCAAAAGUUCGGCUUAAUUGGAGACAGGUGGAAGCUCAGGUCCGCUCUGCACCGGGUUGGCUGUGAUCUCUUUCACUUGGAGCCUCCAAACCUCACGGGCCCCAUGACACCCUGGGGUCACCACGCAAACAGUGGAGUGUUGACCCUCAGCGGAAGCGUCUCAGAUCGCACCCAUAAGAACCUCUCCCCUCGUCUGCGCAGCGACGUGGCGGUGGGCGCGCUGCGGGGCUUGCCAGUGGCCGGAGGAGGCGAGAGUAGCCAUAGCGAGGACGAUGGCUGGGAGACUGGGUAUCUGGACGAGGCGUGUCAGAAAUUACAAAGGGCAUUUCCCACUGAAGAAAAGAGUGAAAUGUUCAAGGAGGCAUUGACUACCGGAGAUACUUCCUUAGUAGAGGAGCUUCUAGAUUCUGGUAUCGACAUAGAGUCUAUCUUUUGUUAUGGAUGGACUCCUCUUACGUAUGCUGCUAGUGUUGCCAACAUAGAACUGGUUCGGGUCCUUUUGGACAGAGGUGCUAAUGCAAGCUUUAAUAAAGAUAAGCAGACUAUUUUGAUAACUGCAUGUUCUGCUCAUGGCUCAGAGGGACAAAUCUUGAAGUGCGUAGAUCUAUUACUUUCAAGAAAUGCUGAUCCAAAUGUUGCUUGUAGGAGACUUAUGACUCCAAUCAUGUAUGCUGCACGUGAUGGUCACCCUCAGGUUGUUGCUCUCCUUGUUGUUCAUGGAGCAGACAUUAAUGCCCAGGAUGAGAACGGUUACACUGCUUUAACAUGGGCAGCACAUCAGGGUCAUAAAAAUGUAGUUUUGAAGUUACUCGAACUUGGAGCUAAUAAAAUGCUACAAACCAAAGAUGGAAAAACACCAAGUGAGGUUGCAAAAAGAAAUAAACAUCUUGAGAUCUUCAACUUUCUUUCUUUGACUUUGAAUCCAUUGGAAGGAAAGCUUCCACAGCUAACUAAAGAAGAGACUAUUUGUAAACUACUGAGAGCAGAUUCUGAUAAAGAAAAGGAUCACAUAUUUGGUUCAUAUACAGCAUUUGGAGACCUGGAGAUAUUUUUGCAUCGUCUUGGACUGGAACAUAUGACAGACUUACUAAAGGAAAAGGAUAUAACUUUAAGACACUUUUUGACCAUGAAAAAAGAUGAGUUUACAGAGAAUGGAAUUAGCAGUAAAGAUCAGCAAAAAAUUAUAGCUGCUCUUAAAGAAUUGGAGGUAGGAGAGAUAAAUUAUGCAGAGUUACCUGAAGUGGCAAAGUUGGAAAUCAGUGGUGAUGAGUUCCUCAACUUUCUUCUAAUUAAACAGUGUGGCCAUUUAAUAACAGCUGUACAGAAUAUCAUUACUGAGUUACCUGUAAAUUCUCACAAGAUAGUACUAGAAUGGGUUUCUCCCCAGAAUUUCACUUCAGUUUGUAAAGAACUGGUUAGUAAUGUUGAAGCUUUGAGUGAAGAGGUCUGCAAAUUGAAAGACUUAAUUCAGAAGUUGCAAAAUGAAUGAGAAAAUGAUCCAACUCAUAUACCAUUAAUGGAGGAAAUAUCUACAUGGAAGAGUAGAAUUUUGAAGAGCACAGCUAUUACAGUAUGCGGAUUUGGGCUGCUUCUUUUUGUUUGCAAGAUGACUUUCCAAAGAAAAUAACCCUAAUAUUUACGUUAUGUAGGUACAUCCUAUUUAAACUGCCCUAGCAUUGCUGUUAGUCUUUAGUGGCACAGCAUAACUUUAAAUUCUUUGCUCAUACUCCACAGGAAAACUUAGGAUAAAAUAAAGCA